UGGAGAAGAGAGUAAUGUGGAAGGAAACGUUAGGAAGAAAUGAAUGAAUGGUAUAAAUAAGAGAGAGAGGGAAAGUGGGGUCCCAAAUGGUGCAGAGAGAGAGAGAGCAAAGAAAGCAUAACUGAAGAGAAAAGAGAAGAGAAAAGAGAAGAGAAGAGAAAAGAAAAGAGAGAAUAAAAACCCUUUCUCCCGGGGCCAUCCAGAGAGUAUUAGAGCAGACACAACACCCAAACCUUAAAAUAUUUUGCCUUCUCUCUCUCUCUCUGUUUCUGUCUCUCUCAUUCAAGACAACAGAGAGGAGCACACCCAAUAAACCAUGGACGUGGGUCAGAUGCAGAGACAGUGGAUCGACUACACCAAAUCCCUUUUCCUCGAGGGGUUCUUGGAUGGUCAGUUUCUGCAACUUCAGCAGCUUCAAGAUGAGAACAACCCUGACUUUGUCGUCGAAGUCGUCUCUCUCUUCUUCGAAGAUUCUGAAAGGCUUCUCAAAGAUCUCACCUUUGCGCUAGAUCAGAAUGGCGUUGACUUCAAAAAGGUUGAUGCUCAUGUUCACCAGUUAAAGGGUAGCAGUUCAAGCAUAGGUGCACAAAGGGUGAAAAAUGCCUGCAUUGCUUUCCGCAACUUCUGUGAGGAGCAGAACACUGAUGCGUGCCUCAGAUGUCUGCAACAAGUGAAGCAAGAGUACUGCCUUGUCAAGAAUAAGCUUGAAACACUGUUCAGGCUUGAGCAACAGAUCGUGGCAGCUGGUGGGUCAAUCCCUACGGAACUGAGUUUCAGUGGGUGACUGGGUGGUUUUGUAGAGAUGUUUGUGUUAUGAUUCUCAUCUUUGUUAAAAGAUUAUCCUUUAUCUUAUGUCCAUGGUGAAUGUAUGGUUUUUGUGAAGAUAUAAGAUUCCAUCCAAUGUACCUUUUUCUUCACCAAAAAGCUCUUCAUAAUUUAUAAUCUCUUGCAUGCUUUAAUGAA